CGCAUGGAAUCCUGCAGAUAUCAAAAAGAUGGCAUUGCCACCAUGUCAUAUCAUGGCCCAAUUCUAUGUGCAUAAUGAAGACAAAACGACCAAGAAACGAAGCCUAUCGUGUCACUUGUAUCAGAGAUCUGGAGAUAUGGGAUUGGGUGUACCAUUUAAUAUCGCAAGUUAUGCAUUGUUUACUCACAUGAUAGCUCACGUUACCGAAACUAGUGCGAAUGAACUUAUCUUAAGCAUCGGUGAUGCACAUGUUUACAAAAAUCAUGUAGAGGGUUUACAGUUGCAGGUGAAAAGAACACCCAGAAUGUUUCCAAAAAUAGCUUUCAAAAGCAAGAAAGAUAGAUUAGAAGAUUUUGUAUUUACAGAUUUUGUACUGAGCGAUUAUAAACCACAUGAUAAAAUAAAGCUUGAAAUUUCUUAA